AUGCACUGUUUUGCAAUUACCCCAACCCCAGAAGGCUCUCCAGCCCCAGAAGACUCUCCAGUCGCAGCCCAAACUACUCCAAAGCGCCCAGCCGCUACCCCAGCAAAGGCAAGAAAAGCUAAGAGAGGUCCAGGACGCAUGUUGCCAUACGUGACAAUGAUCCGAACCGCGAUUACCGACUUGAAGGAGAAAAAAGGAUCCUCAAAAGCUGCUCUCUUAAAGUACAUCUCGGCCAAUUUCAAUCUUGGAGACGACGUUCACAAGAUUAACCGCCAUCUCUGCGCCGCCUUGUGCCGCGGUGUUAAGGCCAAGAAAAUCACACAAACUGUUGGAAGUGGAGCCAAUGGCAGCUUCAAAGUGCCAGCGAAGGUCGUCAAGAAGAAGAAGACUGCCAAUAAGACUGGAGUCAGAAAGACUGCUAAGAAAACCGUUGCUCCAGGAGCCGAGAAUGUUGUCCCAAGUGGCGAUGCUGAAGCCACCGAUGCCACCUCUUCGACCGCUGCUACCGAGAAGAAAACCUCCAAAAAGGCUGGAACCGCUGCCCGUGGCAAGGCGUCAGCUACCGGAAAUAAGGUUAAGAAGAUCGCAAAGCCAGUCGCCAAGAAGCCGGCUAAACCAUCGGUCAAGAAGUCUGCCAAGAAGGCUGCUGUAAUGAACGCUGCUCCUGCUGCUUCGACUGAGGUUGCCGCUGCUCCUGCUGCUUCUGCUGAGGUCGCUGCUGCUCCAGAGGCUUCCAAGACCCCAAAGAAGUCAGAAACCAAGGCUGCCGGCAAGAAAGCCGGAAGGAAAGUGAAGAAGGUCUCAAAGCCAGUCGCCAAGAAGAUCUGUAAGUUAUCGGCAAAAAAGAUUUCUGAAAAGAAUGUUUUUCCAGCUGUGACCGCCGCCAAGAGUGCUACCAAGAAGGACAAGACCAAGGCUGCCGUUGCCAAAACUGAGAAGGUUGUCGCUAAGCGAGCUUCAAAGCUAACAACUGCAAACGAAGCUCCAGAAGUCGCUGUCGCACCUGAAACUCCAAAGGCUAAAAAGGCUGUGGUCGCCAAGCAAGCUUCAAAGAAAACCGUCGCCGAGGCUGAGAAGAAGACUGUCUCCAGGAGAGCUACAAAGCAACCAACUGCCAACGAAGCUCCAGAAGCCGCAGUCGCCGCUGAAACUCCAAAAGCCAAGAAAGCUAUCGCCAAAGCUGCUCCAAAGAAAGCCGUCGCCAAGGCUGAAAAGAAGUCUGUCCCCAAGCGAGCUACAAAGCAACCAACUGCCAACGAAGCUCCAGAAGUCGCUGUCGCACCUGAACCUCCAAAGGCUAAAAAGGCUGUGGUGGCCAAGCAAGCUUCAAAGAAAACCGUCGCCGAGGCUGAGAAGAAGACUGUCUCCAGGAGAGCUACAAAGCAACCAACUGCCAACGAAGCUCCAGAAGCCGCAGUCGCCGCUGAAACUCCAAAAGCCAAGAAAACUAUCGCCAAAGCUGCUCCAAAGAAAGCCGUCGCCAAGGCUUCAGCCAAGAAGGUAACCAAGAAAGCUUAG